CGAUGGAUACUCCCCGCCUCCUAAUGCAUAUUUAUCUGGGUGAUGUAAUCUUACGCAAUGCCCCGAAACACACGGGGCUCUUUCCUUCCUCAAGCAACUCCUGCCGUAGAAGUUAUCUGACGACACCAGUUACGUUGGCAGAAGUUGAAAGAUGGACGAUGAUGACUUUGGAGGAUUUGAGGCAGCAGAGAGUUAUGAGUUUGGAAAUGGUGAAAAGCAGACCACGUCCCCUGCUAUUGCUUGGGCAGCAUUUCCUACAGUGCCUGAAGUCCACAGAUCUCCUGAUGUUCUUCUGGAGCACUCUGUGCCUUCUUCCUGCCUGGCUCCUCCUGACUCAUUCAUUUUGUCAGGUGAUAAUGUGGCAGCAGCUGUUCAAACAGCCAACAGCCUGACGAGUCCAGCUGUUCGGGAAGAACAGAUUCAAGCAGAUAUUCCAGUUGCCUCUUCAAAUGUUAUUGAAGACAAGACUUCAGUUCCAUCAACCACUGCUUUGAUUGAUGCUGAGACACAGAGAACAGAUGAAGCAAAGACCUGCCUUCAACAAGCUGUUGCAAACCUAGAAAUCAAGCUUUGCACUGCUGAAGAAGAAAAAUUAAAAAUUAAAAAGGAAUUAGAAUAUUUGCUGGAAAAACAUAGUGUCUUAGAAAUGGAUUUCCUGAAGGAAAAAAAAGAAAAAGUACCCCAUCAAGAUCAUUACAAGACACUCCAGGAAAAGCAUAAACAGGAAUUAGAAGACAUGAGAAAAGCUGGACAUGAAGCCUUGAGUAUUAUUGUUGAAGAAUUCAAGGCACUGCUACAAUCUACAGUUCAGCAGCAAGAAGCAGCUAUUGAAAAGCAGUAUAUACUAGCCAUUGAAAAACACUCUCACAAAUGUGAAGAGCUUCUUAAUGCUCAGCAUCAGCGACUUCUUGACAUUCUGGAAGCCGAGAAGGAAGUGUUAUCAGAAAAGAUAGAAGAGGCUUUGAUGCAGCAAUCACAAAAGCACAAGGAAGUGCUGGACAAGUGUUUGGAUGAAGAGAGACAAAGAAGCAAGGAGGCUGUGGCAGCUGCUGCCAAGGCUGAGAAAGAAGCGGUGCAGGAAGCUGUUCUGAAAGCAGUGGAGGAGGAGAGGAGGAACAUGGAGAAGGUUCAUGCAGAAGAGAGAAAAUUGUGGGAAGCAGAACGUGAUAGUCAUAAAGAGAAGAUUGCCCAGGCUGUCUCGGAAGCCAUGCAAGAACAAAGGAAGCAGAAUCAGGAAAUUGUCAAGGAAGCAAUAAUGGAGGAGCAGAAACGAAGUGAGAAGGCAAUUGAAGAAGCAGUGAAAAGGACAAGAGAGGAACUGAUGGAAUAUAUUAAAGAACAGAAAAGGCUUGAUCAAGUUGUCCGUCAGAGAAAUCUGCAUAGUUUGGAACUUUUCCUUUCAUGUGCACAGAAACAGUUAAAUGUUUUAUUAAAGGAAGAGCCAAGCACAGAGGAAAACAGAGACUGAAAUUCCCGGUACCCCUGGUACAGUGUGAUCUGUGAAGCUGCAAAUCUCAAUUCAGCCAGUGAUGGAUACAUUCUAAUCAUUUGGGAUUUCAUUAUUGAUUCAAGAUUGAUCUGAAGCUGCGCUUGAUAGAAAUGUUUGUGGGUGAUCUACUUUUAUUUAUUUAUUUAUUUUACUGCUGUUAUCAGACUGCGAAUAUGGAAGGGGAAAAAAAAUCCAUGCGAAAAAAAAUUGUCUUUUUUUAAUGAUUUUGUUAUAUUUUCUAGUAACCCAUGGUUGAAGUGCUAGCUAACUUGUAGCACUGAUGAAAAUAUUUCCCUGUUAUGUCUGGUUUUAAAUUUGGCAUCUUGUCUUUAUGUGAUUCAUCGUUAUUUUUUAUAUUUUAAAAAUUAAGACAAACUUAUUCAAUUAUUGAUAUUAAUCCAUCUCUAUUUCCACAGUAUACACCCAAGUCCAUUGCCUCAGGUGAGCCUGAGAAGCUUAUUAUUUCUUACUAUUUUUGAUGUAUAACAGAGGAAUCAAUGCUGAAACAUAAGAGUGUUGUCAGGCAUUUCUUUAGUCAUUUAUAAAAAACUCCAGCUCUAGUAACAGAAAAACUUAAAAACUAAAGAGUGCAUCUUUUUAGAGUAGUGCAAAACACUGCCAUGGCCAGUGUACAGUAUGCAAAAGUCAUUUUCUCGUGAAAUUACGAUUAAUGCCACUGACCUCAGUUUCAGGAAGAAGAUGUAUGUAAUUAUGUGGAGACUGAUACUGCUCUGCCUCGGUGGAAUUUCUGACAGAACAAGGAGUGUGCAGCUUGCUGACCUCAGAUGCCCUUUCUGAGUGCAUGGAGGGAGCAGGGAAGCUCCCCACAGACAUUGCUGGACUUUGGAUCGGGUCACAGGUCCCUCUGGCCUUGCUAACAGCAGAUGGAGUGGAAUUUCUGUGCCUGUUGAUUGUAGACUCGGGGCCUUAGUUUUAAAAUAAUGCUGAAUGAAAUAAGGGAAAAUAAGUGUUCAUGCUUAGGUGUGUAAAUAAACUGAGAGUGAUCUCUCUUAUGGUGAGCUUGUGAUUCAGUGGGGGACUCACUGGUGUUAUUUUAGUGUGGUUGUUGUUGUUCAGCAGUACUGUGGGGGUUUUUUGUUUAGCUGGUUUUUUGCACCAGCAGUCCAUUUUCAUGAACUGCUCUCUUAGAGCAGUAAGAAAACACCGAAUGGUUGCAUAAAGUAUUUUGCAAUUAUGAAAUAUGUAGUGCAGAAAGUUUAGGAUUUUAUUUAAAUCUUUUUCUGCGCUUCAUUUUUGUAGUCAAAGCCAAAGGUUUUGUCUUCUGCAUACACAAAGAUACCCUGCAAACUGAUGAAAAUCCAGUCUUAUUUUUGAUACUUCUUGACUGACUGAUCAAUUCCUAUUUUUUUGGCAGACAAAAAAAAAAAAAAGUGUUAACGAUUCAUCUGCUUAUUUAUCAUUCCUAAGCCAGUGAAAUUCCUGUCUUUGUCAACUGCACCAAAGAUGACACAGAUGUACACGUGGAUUCUUUUGGUAAUGUAGUGGCAGUAUCAAAUUGAGUAGAUUGUCUAGUGCUGUCUCACAAUAGGUGUGGAAACGUGGCAUGAGCACAUUCCUAGAUGAACUUGGUUUUACUUCUAGGCCUGGACAAGAGGUACUACUCCUUUUCACCAAAGAUAUCAAAGUGUUCCCCUCUAAACCAGAGGCCUAGGAGUCUAUCAGCAUUCUCCUAAUAAAGAGGUUUGUAUUCUGACUCGACACAAUAUGUAAAAGCACUUUUUGGAGUAGUAAAAUUUUGCUGGCAGCUACGGUGUAUCUUUCCCAUUGGAACAUCAGGUUGUUUGAUCUCAGCUCAGAUUGUCACAGAGAGCUGUAGGUAUUUCUUUCUUACCUUUGACAGUUUUAGUCCUUUAGUCUUCCCCUGUUCCCUGCAAGCAAAAUUGCACCCUAGACCACAGACAUAAAAGAUCGUAUUUGGAGCUCGAGUUACAUUUCAAACUCCAGGUCUCAGAGGAGAAAUUCAGUUAUACAGCACACACAGACCUAUCCAGUCUGCAAGCUCUGGAGCAUCCAAUAACUUCCACCUUCCCCCCAUUGCAUCCAAGCCUUUAAAGCUUGGCUUUAUUUUUCAGUAUUUCUGUAUAACCAUAGGAUAAUACAGGAAUCGUAAAAUCAAGGAGUGGGUUGGGUUGGAAGGGACAUUAAAAAUCGUACAAUUCCAACCCCUGCCAUGGGCAGGGACACCUUCCACCAGCCCAGGUUGCUCAGAGCCCCAUCCAACCUGGCCUUGGACACUGCCAGGGAUGGGGCAGCCACAGCUUCUCUGGGCAACCUGUGCCAGGGCCUGCCCACCCUCACAGGGAAGAAUUUCUUUCCAAUAUCUAAUCUUGACCUACUCCCUUUCAGUUUAAAACUGGGAAGUUUGCAAAACCCAGUCUAGCUCCUAGAAGGUGACAUCACAAUUUUAUUUUAUUCUUUUUCUAUUCCUGCAUACAGACUGAAGAAUGACAUAUAAGAUAAAAUAACAUGUUCAAGGUCUACAGGGUAGAACUAUCUGCUACUGAGGUCUGGCUGGCAGUGUUACUAUUUUGGCAAGACUACAAUGGGAAGAACAAGAAACCCUGGAACUAAUCUUUAGAAUAAAAAUGCAAGAACUAGAUCACCAAAGCUCAAAUAAUGUACAUUAUAUGAUUGUGUACUUUAUAUUAGGAAUAAACCAUAAAUCUUGUUAUGUAAAGA